AUGGACAAGAUUCUGGAGAUAAACGAAGAGUACGCGUACGCAAUCGUGGAACUGGGUGUAUCCUUUUUCGAUCUAUUCAACGAGAUUCAAAAGCGCGGCUUGAACCUUUGGCCAUCUGUUCCAGCUAUUGGCUGGGGUUCUGUUUUAGUAAAUACCCUCGAUCGUGGUUUUGGCUAUACACCGCUAGGUGAACACGCCCAGGGGCAAUGUGGAUUUGAAGUUGUCCUGCCAAAUGGCGAUCUCCUGCGGACUGGGAUGGGAGCUAUGAAGAAUAGUUCUCUCUUUCCUCUAUACAAAAGUGGUUACGGCCCAAACAUUGAUGGGAUGUUCUUCCAGUCUAACCUUGGCGUCGUGACCAAGCUGGGGAUCCAUAUUACGCCUGCCCCAGAAGCAUACGCCACAGUGGAAGUGAGCGUCCCGCGUGAAGAGGACCUGGUGCCCCUAGUGGGAACUCUUUCCGAUCUGAUGCGCCGAUCGGUCAUCUUGAACUCGCCAUCCAUCGCGAAUAUCUUCCGGAUUGCGCUCACAUCUCGGGAAUCUGAAGUUCAUGAAAUUUUUGGAGGUUAUAUGAAACCAGGGAGUAAUGUUCCUUACAAGGUCUUGGAGGAUAUACGAUGCAAGCAGGGUUGGGGUUUUUGGAAGGCAUACUUUUCGCUCUAUGCGCCCACAGAAGUUCUCCCAUCCCUGAUUGCGGCAGUAAAACGAGCCUUUACUACGAUUGAGGGUGUGGAGAUCGAGUAUCGUGAAUUCGCUGGCAUACCGGGCAAAUGUAUCACCGCACAGGAUGUCGAGGAGGAAGAGAUUCCUCACAGUGGAAUCCCCACCCUGGCCCCACUUGCGAUGCUAGACAGUCGACAGGAGGGCAGUGGAAAUAUUUGUUUUUCUCCUAUUAUCCCUCCUUCUGGUCGGGAACUGUAUUUCUGGUACCUAACUGCGAAAAAGCGAACUUAUGAAGCUGGAUUUGAUUUCUUCGCUGAUUUCCACGUUUAUCCUCGAUAUGUUAUUGGCAUCGACUUGGUCAUCUAUACGGCUUCAGAAACAAUUGCGAUUGACCGAUUGUAUCGAGACCUAUUGACAGAUGCUGCCGGGCAGGGUUACUCAGAAUACCGGACACACGUCAGUUAUAUAGGUGAGGUGGCAUCUCAUUUCGAUUUUAAUGAUUCGGCGAUUCGGCGAUUCAACACAACCAUCAAGGAUUUAUUGGACCCGAACGCAAUUUUAUCACCGGGAAAGUCAGGAAUAUGGAACUCCGAGUCACAAAGUCGGAUCGGAAAGUAG